CCCGGCCCCCCGCGGGAACAGCCAAUGAGGGCGCAGCCGGGCCGGAAGUUUUCCGGCCGGACGGCGUUUCCACGGACGCCCGGGAGACAACCCGUGGCGGAGCCGGCUGUGCUGACGGGCCCUUCGGGGUCGGGCUUGCCUUGACCCUGGACAGCUCCUCCUCCUCCCUAGCCAGCUGUGAGCGUCAGUGCUGGAAGAUGGCGGACGUGACCAACGGCGAGCGGUGUGCCUCUCCACAGGAGCUGUUCAGCAGCAUCGCGGCGCAGGGCGAGCUCGUGAAGUCCCUCAAAGCUAGAAAGGCCCCGAAGGAGGAAAUUGAUUCUGCAGUAAAGAUGUUGCUGUCGUUAAAAACGAGCUACAAGGAGGCCAUGGGGGAGGACUACAAGGCUGACUGCCCUCCAGGGAACUCGACCCCCGACAGCCACGGUGACCCAGAAGCCGUAGAUGACAAAGAGGAUUUUGUGGACCCGUGGACAGUACGGACGAGCAGUGCGAAAGGCAUUGACUACGACAAGCUCAUCGUUCAGUUCGGAAGCAGUAAAAUCGACAAGGAGCUGGUGAACCGGAUCGAGAGAGCCACCGGCCAGAGACCGCACCGCUUCCUGCGCAGGGGCAUCUUCUUCUCACACAGAGAUAUGAACCAAGUUCUUGAUGCCUACGAGAACAAGAAGCCGUUUUACCUGUACACGGGCAGGGGCCCCUCUUCUGAAGCAAUGCAUGUAGGUCACCUCAUCCCGUUUAUUUUCACAAAGUGGCUGCAGGAUGUGUUUGACGUGCCGCUGGUGGUGCAGAUGUCGGAUGACGAGAAGUACCUGUGGAAGGACCUCACGCUGGAGCAGGUCUAUGGCUACACCCUGGAGAACGCCAAGGACAUCAUCGCCUGUGGCUUCGAUGUCAACAAGACGUUCAUCUUCUCUGACCUUGACUACAUGGGGAUGAGCCCAGGCUUCUACAAGAAUGUGGUGAAGAUUCAGAAGCACGUCACCUUCAACCAAGUGAAAGGCAUCUUCGGCUUCACCGACAGUGACUGCAUCGGGAAGAUCAGUUUUCCUGCCAUCCAGGCUGCGCCUUCCUUCAGCAACUCCUUCCCCCAGAUCUUCCAUGGCCAGGCAGACAUCCAGUGCCUCAUCCCCUGUGCCAUUGACCAGGACCCCUACUUCAGGAUGACCAGGGACGUCGCGCCCAGGAUCGGCUAUCCUAAACCGGCCCUGCUGCACUCGACCUUCUUCCCUGCUCUGCAGGGCGCCCAGACCAAGAUGAGUGCCAGUGACCCCAACUCCUCCAUCUUCCUCACCGACACGGCCAAGCAGAUCAAGACCAAGGUCAACAAGCACGCAUUUUCUGGGGGCAGAGACACCAUCGAGGAGCACCGGCAGUUUGGGGGCAACUGUGACGUGGACGUCUCCUUCAUGUACCUGACCUUCUUCCUGGAGGACGACGACAAGCUGGAGCAGAUCAGAAAGGAUUACAGCAGCGGCGCCAUGCUCACCGGCGAGCUGAAGAAGGAGCUGAUAGACGUCCUGCAGCCGCUGGUCGCCGAGCACCAGGCCCGGCGCAAGGAGGUCACGGACGAGAUGGUGAAGGAGUUCAUGACGCCCCGGCAGCUGUGCUUCCACUAUCAGUAACACGGGGUGGGAGUUACCCAUAACCCAGCCCAGUGGGGUCGCCGCAGCCCGUGGGCUCUGUCGCACGGUACUGCUGGGCCUGGUGUCGUGAGCCCUGUGUGUACCGACCCUGUUUCUUCAUCGUCUGUCUUGGCCAGAACACUGCGGGUGAUUGGGUGCUGGCUAAGGUGGCGUGGUCGCAUAGCAGCGCCUGCUGUGAGUCUCACCCACAAAGCAGCCAGGGUGCCGCGCCUCUGCCUCGGAGGGCUGCCCUGGAAAACAGCCCAGGGUUCCAAAUGUACCCUUAGAAUCUGCUCUUAAAAUCUGCACUCUGUGGACACAUACAUGGAGCCAGAGUGUCGCCUUGUGAAACCUAAGGCUUGACAGGCUGACCUGGGCAGUUUAAUGGGCACCUAGUACACUCCAGCCCUCGCCAGGAAAGAAGCAGUGAGUGGCCCAAAGCUUUGCCCGACGUGGAAGUGACACAGCACCACUUUCGAGCUGUUUGCACGGGGCUGUGGGCAGAGGUGGGCAGGCUCACUGAGCUGGGUCCUGUGGGUGAGACUUGCGGACUGCGCUUCCUAACCCAGACCAUGCAUGUAUCCCCGUUCUCUUCCCCGACUACCAAUGUGGGCUCCACCGAGCCAUCCCAGUGGUGUCCGGUGGCCUGGCCGCGCUGCCUUUGCAGGGCUUCUGCUCUGUCACCCGACCGCAGUGGGCACACAGAGCAGUGCACUGGCCAAGCCGGUGGACGCCGCCCUGGGGGACCCUCCGCGGUUUCUCCGUGUACCGUGUGUGGUCCUGGGAAAACAGAAGCCACAUCUCAGGGAAAGGCUCUGGCUGGAGUCCGCCCUGCCCCUUGUCACUCGCUUGGGUAUAAAUAAACUUUGCUCCCACCCUUG